CAUCUCCAACGACCCAGCCUGGAUUCCAAGGAAUACCAGACCGAGCCAUCGUCGGUGAAGACAAACCUUCGGUUCUCCCGUUCGGUGGUUUCUUGCACUUAUAGUCUGGCCAUAGGCAAUCCAAUCCACCUCUACAUCCCCGUCACGCUUUCGCAAACGUAA